AUGGUGGUUCCUUCGACGACGCCGGUGCGCCAAGAGACAGCGGCGGCGGCGGCGUCCCACGGCAGCGGCAUACCGACGGUGGACAUGUCCGCGCCGGGCGGCCGCGGCGCGCUGUCGCGGCAGGUGGCGCGCGCGUGCGCGGAGCACGGCUUCUUCCGCGCCGUGAGCCACGGCGUGCCGCCGGGCCCCGCCGCGCGGCUGGACGCCGCCACGUCGGCGUUCUUCGCGCUGGCGCCGCACGACAAGCAGCGCGCCGGCCCGCCGAGCCCGCUCGGCUACGGCUGCCGCAGCAUCGGCUUCAACGGCGACGCCGGGGAGCUCGAGUACCUGCUCCUCCACGCCAGCCCGGCCGCCGUCGCGCACAGGGCAAGGUCCAUCGACACCGAUGACCCCUCGCGCUUCAGUACUGUGGUGAACGAUUAUGUGGGAGCAGUGAGGCAGCUUGCAUGUGACAUCCUGGACCUGUUAGGAGAGGGGCUAGGGCUCAAGGACCCCAGAUCCUUCAGCAAGCUCAUCACGGACACUGACAGUGACUCACUCCUGAGGAUCAACCACUACCCUCCAGCGUGCACCAUUCACAAGCUUGACCAUGACGACCAGUGCAAGAUGAAGAGCAUUGUCAGGACCAAGAAUGGCAAUGGUCUGAACUCGUCAGCAGGUGCUCGGAUUGGGUUCGGUGAGCACUCUGACCCGCAGAUCAUUAGCUUGCUCCGAGCAAACGACGUCAAUGGCCUGCAGGUGCUUCUACCAAACAGCGAUGGCAAGGAGGUGUGGGUUCAGGUGCCGGCCGACCCAUCAGCAUUCUUCGUCAAUGUUGGUGACCUCCUCCAGGCUCUGACAAAUGGGAAGUUGGUAAGUGUCCGGCACAGGGUAAUUGCAAGCGCUUGCAGGCCAAGGCUGUCCACGAUCUACUUUGCAGCACCACCAUUGCAUACACGAAUUUCGGCCCUCCCAGAGACGAUCACAGCCGACUCACCAUGCCAGUACCGACCCUUCACCUGGGCCGAGUACAAGAAGACAAUGUACUCGCUUCGCCUGAGCCACAGCCGCCUUGAUCUAUUCCAAGUCGGCGAUGAUGACAACAGCAAUGUCGGCAAAGGAGAACAAGAAUAGGGAGCACUUACUGAACUGUAGGCAGCCUGUAUGGUGGGGACUAGGUAGGUAGAAUUGUCCCCAAAAUUUUGGCUCUCUGGUUUCCAUUGCCAGAUACCUCGGUGUUAUGAAGGUGUAGGGUUGCGAGUCUGCGAAUGUGUAAGAGUAAUUAGCA